AUGAAGAGAAAUAUCGAAGAUUUUUGGGACAUAGAUGCCCUACGUGAUUUCCGAACAUACAAAGUCACAGCGCAAAUUAUGGGUGUCUGGCCAUUUACGUGUCAGGAAACAUUCUCCAAAACUCGUUUCUUUUCUAUCAUAAUAAUACUGACUUCUAUGGCAGCAAUGCUUGUGCAAGAUAUUCUCAGAAAUUGCGGUACUAUCAAUGAGGCAUUAGAAUCAGCUGUGUUCGUUCCAAGUGCAUUGCUCGGAAUACUGAAGAUUACACUUCCGAGAAUUUAUUGGAAAAAUAUGAAAUCCAUCAUACUGUCUACUGCGCAAGAUUGGUCAACUACCACUUGUACUCAAUCUCGCAAAAUUAUGGGAAGAAGUUCGGUGGUGAGCACAGCGGGUUUCCUUUUUCUACUCGGUGGUUCAUUAUCUAUUUCAGUGCUGGCUGUCCUUCGCAAAGCUGCAUUAAAUUUUCGAUUGAACAGUGAAAAUUCGACAAUACAAUACGUGGCGCUCGGUGCUGGUUGUUGGAGGUCAGAUCUUCCCAUGAACAUAUACUUAAUAUAUGCUACGCAAAGUAUUCAACUUUGUAUCAUGCAGUUAUGUGUGAAUGGGAGUGAUGCUUGCUAUUACCAAAUUCUUAGCCACCUUAGUGGUCAAUUGAAUAUAUUGAAACUGAAUUUGGAGGGAUCCAUCAAUUCAUAUGACGGAAAAUCUUCACCAAUUGAUGCAUUUGUGAAACAGCAUAAUCGUCUUCUGAGGCUGUGUUAUCAUGUGGAAGAAACAUUCACUUUUGUAGUCUUGUGCCAUUUAAUGACCAAUUUAUGCUUCAUAAUGAUGAUAGUGUUGACGUCAUGGAGUGAAAAUGAAGAACGCGGGAAUUUGGUAAUAUUCGGUUGUACAACAAUAUUUUUUUAUGGUCAAAUGUUCUUAUUCUGUUUUGGAGGUGAUGUCAUAACGACGAGAACAGAAGCAUUAUUUCAUUCCGUUUACAGUUAUCCGUGGUAUAAGUUAAAAGUGUUUGAGCGUCAAAAGGUUCUAUUCAUUUUGACAAAAACAAAUUAUCCGAUGCAUUUCACGGCGUGCAAGCUUUAUCGUUUGAAUCUAGAAAAUUUUAAAAAUAUUGUGAAAUUUACUGCUUCAUUGUUUUCUUUCAUGCGACUCUUCCUACAAAAGUAA